AAUGCAAGUCGAUAAACAGCUUAAUGAAUGCAUGAAAAGUGCCUCUCUUUGUAGACUUUCAUGCAAUAGGACAGACCUAUUAACAGAGUCGUUAAAUUGUUUGACAUUCUAUCGAUUAGAGGAAGAUGAUGAUGAAAUCCCAUUAUCUAAAACUGAAAACUUAUCGAGUGGAGUAGUAUUAAAAAGAUGGCCAAAUCAUACAGAAAUUACCAUAAAAUGUUCUCCUAUUUGUCAGAUUGAGGCAAUUGAUAUUCUCUCUAGUCAUAUUUAUUGUGAAAUAUUUGAUCAAGAAGACUGCUAUGUCACGACCGAUACAGGAACAGAAUUACAACAAGAAGGCAAAUAUCCAUUAUUUUUGAAACAGUAUACUUUUCCAACUACUGUUCGAAACUGUCGAAUUAAGCUAAUAGAAAAUGCCAAGCAGAAUGAUGGCGUGUGGAUUCAUUCUUUUCAUUUAACCCUUGUGAAAAUAGAUUCCCCUAUUUCCCAAAACAAAUCGAUGCCGAAUGUUCAAAACAUUCUAGCAGACAAUCAACAGCAAUUGCAAAAUUUUAUUGGAGUAAAUGGAGAUAUAGGGCAAUUGAUUAAUCAAUUCCAGCAAAUGAUGUCCUCCAGCUCUAAGGAAAGUGAUGAAUCAAUUAAGAAAACAGAAGAGAAAAAAACUGAUCACGAGGAUGUUAUUAAUAAAACAAAAGCAGAAGAAAAGAAUGUUGACAAUAUAAUGGCUAGAAUAGAUGUAUUAAUGGAAGAGAAAUUUAAAGUUUUCAGCGAACGUCUCGAAGAUAGACUGUCUUCAUUCGAAGAUCAUCUCGUUGCAAAAUUGACUCAAGCUUUACAUAAUUCUAAGAGCAGCAAUACUAAAGAGACCUAA